UUAAAAAAAAAAAUGAACGCGAUUUUUUUUUAAAUGUUGAACAUAAUUUUUAUAGAAAAUAUGCACUAUAUAUGCCUUCUUUGCAUUAUCUAGUACUUUUUUCUUUGUAUUGUGAUAUAUUUCUUGCUAUUGACAAAAGACGGCGCCACAAUCGCAAGAAAAAUAAUGACCAUAAUGAGUACCAUCUGAUAUCCAAUUUACUAGAGCACGUUCGGGAACGUUGAAAUUCAAACCGAUUAUUUGAAAUGUUAAUUAUAUUAAACAAUUGUAAACAAUGUAAAAGUAAUAUAUACGUAAUAUACGAUAUAUCAAACUGUGUUGGAGAUCAACUUCGAGAUAGAGAGAAGAUCCGUUAGAUAUUGUCUAACAAGAAAAGAAAAAUGAUGGAUGCAUCAUCUAUUAAGCAAAGGAUUUUGACAACCGGUUGCUCGAAACUGGAUGCAAAACUCGGAGGUGGCAUACCUUGCAGGGGUAUCACACAGCUUUAUGGUGCUGCCGGCACUGGGAAGACACAGUUGGCUCUACAAUUGUGCCUCACCGUUCAACUGCCGAUAACUGCUGGUGGUCUCGGAGCUGGUGCCAUAUACAUCUGUACAGAAAGUGCUUUUCCUUCAAAACGAUUGCAGCAAUUGCUGGAGAAGUCAGAGAUAGCUAAAACUCAUUCUGUGAAUGGAGAUGUGAUAUUUGUGACCCAUAUAGCUACCAUUGAAGAAUUGGUAUUAUGCCUCCAACGCAAGGUUCCAGUGCUGAUGAAUGCUCGUAAAAUAGGGUUGUUAAUUAUCGAUUCGAUAGCUGCCCCUUACAGAAUAGAGGAUUGGGAAGAUCCGUUACAAGGCAAAACUAAAAGGAGCAUUGGAAGGCAAUUACACGAACUUUGUAAAAACGAUGACUUGUGUGUGAUCUGCAUUAAUCAGGUUUCUGCAGUUAUAGAUGGUCACAGAUUUAUUUCUGAAGAUGCAAACGAACAACCAGCUUUAGGAGUCACAUGGUCGAGUAUGAUAACUACUUCCAUAUAUUUCUACAGAAAACUGUCUUCGCGAUACGCUUGCAUAAUGCUUGCUUCGCAUUUGCCCAGAAUUACUUUCCAAUUUGAAGUAAAAGAAUCUGGUGUCAAGGCUGUUGAAUAAAAUCUGUG